AUGAUACCGCAUUUUUCUGCAGUAAGCACGCCACCUACGACAGCAUCAAUGCAUCAACAGUCAUUGAUGUACACAAAUCAAAAUCAAACUGGAAUUCAGGCGGCCCAUCAGCAACCUCAACCUUUUGUGUAUCAACCACAAGAAGGAAUUCCUUUUCAGCAUCCGCAAACUCAUUUCACUUUGGCAAAUACUACUGAUCCAAAUAUACAUCCUACUGGGCAGGCUUGGAUGUUGCGUACGAACACUGCUCCAUUUUUUACAAACCAGCAACAGCCUCAGCAGAUGUCUCAUAUGCGUCAUCCACAACAGUCAACUGCAGGCCAGCAGCCUUUUGUUGGAGGUAUGCCGGGUUUUAUGUUGGUUCCACAGACUCCACCACCGAUGCUUCCGCCAACUUCUAUUUGCACCAAUCCUUACCAGCCGCCGCCACAGUCGUUUUCUAUCCAUGGUCAGCCAUUUCAACCACAAACUGGUGCAAUUCCGACUGGCUCUACCACGCAGUAUAUUCGAACUUUUUCUAAUGGUGGAGGAGGGGGUGGCGGUCCAAGCACCAAUGCUAAUGGAGCUCAUAUUAAUGGAUACAAUCCUGCAACCCAUCAGCAGUUGCGUAAUCUUCCGCCUCAGCAACAACAACCAGCUCCUAAUGCAGUAAAUGCCGGAAUUCCACAACAACCUUUUGGACAGCAGCCUGUGUUUAUGGUUGCGUCGGCGAUGCCUAAUUCUGCUGCUCCGCCACCAAAUUUUGAGACGCUGCCACCGCUUAUUGAUCGCCAAUUUCAACAGAUGCCAAUGCCAUCUCAUCAAACUUCGACAGCCCCGUCUUUGUUGCACCAACAAUUAAUGCAGCAAACGAUUCCGCAGAUGCCACCUCCGCAUCUGCAUCAGCAGCCCCCGCCGCAGUCUGCUCCUCCGCACCAUCAAUCUCCACAAUUUCAACAGCAGACUUGUGUGAAAGCGUCCACUAAGCAUUCAAGCUCCGGGUUCUGAAGGUACUG